AUGGCUAGAGCAAUAGGUAUUGAUUUGGGUACAGCAUAUUCAUGCGUUGCUGUAUUUCAGCAUGGUAAAGUUGAAAUCAUUCCUAAUGAACAAGGAAAUCGAACAACACCAUCCUAUGUUGCAUUCACCAAUGAUGGACGUUUAAUUGGUAAUGCAGCUAAAAAUCAAGCAUCUAUUAAUCCAAAUAAUACUAUCUUUCAUGCUAAACGACUUAUUGGUCGUAAAUUCUAUGAUCCAACUGUACAAACUGAUAUGAAACAUUGGCCAUUUAAAAUAAUAAAUGAUGUUGGUAAACCAAAGAUUCUAGUUGAAUAUAAAAACGAAACAAAAUUAUUUACUCCUGAAGAAAUUUCGGCAAUGAUAUUAACAAAAAUGAAAGAAAUAGCCGAGACUUAUCUUGGUAAAAAAGUUACAGAAGCUGUUAUUACCGUUCCGGCUACUUUCAAUGAUUCACAACGUCAAGCAACAAAAGAUGCUGGUGUUAUUGCUGGUUUUAAUAUAUUACGUAUUAUUAAUGAGCCAAUAGCUGCUUCUAUUGCUUAUGGUUUAGAUAAAAGAAUAUCUCCCGAACGAAAUAUAUUAGUUUUUGAUUUGGGUGGUGGUACUUUUAAUGUAUCAGUUUUAAAAAUUGAAGAAGGAAUCUUCGAAGUUAAAUCAGCAACUGGUAAUACACAUUUAGGUGGUGAAGAUUUUGAUAAACAAAUGGUUGCAUAUUUUAUACAAGAAUUUAAACGCAAAUAUGGUAAAGAUUUAUUACAAAAUAAACGUGCUAUUCAACGACUACGUACUGCUUGUGAAUCUGCUAAAGUAAGUUCAUUUUUAAUAAAAAGCUGUUAAUCUAGAUGUGUAAGUGUGUAACAGAUCAUUUGAUCUCUCAUGAGUAGGAGCUGGUAGACCAGCUCUGUCGAUCUGUGAGCUGAUAUGAACUCGUUACUACUCGGCAUAGCCAGCCAUCGGUCACCUUCGCAUGAGGAAGGUUCGAAUACAUGAAAAUAAAGAAAACUGUAUCGACAAUCAAAAGUAUACUAUCGACAGAUUAUUAGACAUGUUGCAAGCUCUGGAAUGUUUUUUUUUGACCAAUGAUAUAAACCCCAUUUUAUUCAAUUACGUAUCUAAAUAAGAGAUUUAUUAACCAAUUUCAUCAAAAAAGUAUAAUUUUACUUCCUGUUAAAUUUCAUUUUCGUCUGAAACAUGAAUGGCAGCUUUAUUGUGAUAAUGUUAUGAGAGUAAAAUUUAAUUACUUGAACAAUAAACUUUCUUAUUACUACUCGUGGAUUAGAAAAAACAUAGACUUUUAUCGUAAUAAUUUUAAAAUUUCAGAUUCUCGAACCUUUCCUAUUGAAAUGUCAAAAUAGAUGAAAUUCGAUGACGGACAGUAUUUUUAGUUUUUUACUCGAUGCAUUUAUGCGUGUUAAAAAAUGAUUUGAUAUUCUGAAAGCUUGCGGGAAAACUGAGCAACUUUCAUACAGAACAUUUAUUCGAAUGUCUCUUCAUUCAGUUGCAAAAUACUAAACUUCUGCCUUACCCUAAAAACAAAUCAUUCCAUUUUUUGAAAUUUCGUGACGGUCGAUAAUAUCUUUUGAAUAUCUCAGGUUUGGCUAAAGCAAAAUCAAUGAAAUUUUUGCAGGUGAUAGAUCUAAAUAAUCUGUAUCUAUGAUAAAAAUUUCUGAGAGUUUGCUUUUGUCAUUGAUGAGAUAAAGAUGAAAUU